AAAUUGUUGUUGGUGACACAAAUUUACAACUUUAACUGAAAAAGGAGCGAGUCUGAGGUGUUGUGCAGAAUUUUACGAACUUGUAGAGUGACGAUGGCAAACGUGAUCUUCACGGAGCAAGAAAAUGCUUUUCUCCAAGCACCUACACUGAAGCUGCGACAGCGACUUCAAUCUGCACCAGAGAAACUUCUCAAGUCUGAGACUGCCAAAACUAUUAAAACCCCUCUGCCAUCGGGGCGCAGAGCUUUUGGAAUGGUAAACCAACUUUCGACCUCUGCUGUCGGUGCACAAGAGAAGAAACUUUUAAAGCCACAGGAAACCAAAGCCAAACCUGCCCCUCAGAUUUUAACAGAAGAAUAUCCAGAAAUUGAGCAGUUCAUCCCUUACGACCCAUUAGAGUUUGAGAGGUACAGUGUUCCCGAGGACUUGAUUCCUCUUAGCAGCUUGGCUCUUCCUGGACUGGCCUGUUUUUCACAAACUUGUUCUGAUCUGUUUGAGGACGACCUAGAAGAAAUCUCUCCACUCCCAAACCCGUUGCCUCUGAAGAUGCCAAAACGUUCAGAUCGUAUGGAGCUGGAAGCUUUUCUUCAAACGCUGGAUGAGCUGACCAUCGAGCUUCCUCCAGAACCUCAAUAUGAAUUUUAA